AUCCUCAGAUCAUCCUCAGACUACUCCUUAUCAGAUUACUCAUCAUCCUCAGACUACUCCUUAGACCCCUCCUCAUCAGACUACUCCUCAGAUCUUCCUCAUAAGACUCCUCCUCAGAUCUUCCUCCUGAGACUACUCUUCAGACUACUCCUUAGAGUCCUCCUCAUCAGACUAGUCCUGAGACUAGUCCUCAGACUACUCCUGAAACUACUCCUCAGAUUAUCCGCAGACUCCUCCUCAGAUUAUCCUCAGACUCCUCCUCAGAUUAUCCUCAAACUACUCCUCAGUCUAAUCCUCAAACUCCUCCUCAGAUUAUCCUCAAACUACUCCUCAGUCUAA